AUGAAUAAAUUAAAAUUCUAAUAUAAAUCCGAAUAUUCUAUUAAGAAUUCACAAUUGGAAAUUAAUAUCUAUUUUGGUUUAAAAUUUGUUUUACUUAGAUAAUAACUAAAGGAAAAUAGAUUAUCAAUAGCAUUGAAUGAAGUACUUAAUCAUUCUUAUUAUCAAGUAGAUGUUUGUUAUGGAAAAUGAUUUGUAGAUGAUUUCAAUCAAAUUGUAUCCAUAAUAAAUAGUUAAUUAGAUAACUUAGCUUAUAUUUGGAGAUAUUGGCGAAAUGAUCUUGUUGGCUGAAUAAGGUUUGAGAUAAGAGGAUUUAUCUUAAUAUAGUGAUAAGGUGGGAUUGCAAGUUGAUGAAUGA